AUGGACAAAGGAGGCGUGACGGAGAGGACUGACAGUGAUCCUAGUACUCUAAUUAAAGAAGAGACAAAGACAGCCAUAUGCCACAAUACUAUGCACGAUGAUCCAGAAUACCUGAGCCCUACAUCUCCUCGUGAUCCGCAGGAUCCCCUUAACUGGCCAAUGUGGCUCAAGUUUGUUAUUCUGACCCAGACGUCUCUUCUCGCAGCACUCGGUGGCCUCAACACCGCUUCCAUUAACCCUGCGUUGGUCAUGCUCGCUGAAGACUUUGGCAUUGGCAAGGUGCGAGCCUCGUAUCAGACAACCGUCUGCAUAGCUCUCAACGGCAUAGCACCAUGGGUCUGGAUCCCUCUGUCCAACAAAUAUGGUCGCCGACCUGUCUACUUAGGCACCACCUUCCUCGCCUUCAUCUCUGCCUUGAGCUGCGCAUACACUCGGUCAUUUGGCCAGCUUAUUGCAGCAAGAGUGUUCAAUGGCUUCUUCCCAGUAGCAUUCGCAUUAGGCGCAACCACGGUCGUUGACCUGUUCCAUUAUCAUCAACGUGGACGAGCCAUGGGGUUCUUCACUGUUACCAUGGUGAAUGGGAGUCACCUAGCCCCUAUUGUGGGCGGUCUCUUGGGCCAAUAUUGUGGAUGGCGAUGGAUUUUCAAGUUCGUGGCGAUCGUGGAUGCGGUCAUGUUUAUCGUCGCUUUUUUCUGUCUCCCUGAGACGCUCUACAUCAGACCGAUGCCCUUUUCACCAUUGGCACCGGACGCGAUCAAGAUGCCGAUCCAACCCCUUGCUGUGCGACCUCGCUUCGACAAAGCAGUCUACUUUUCAAGUCUACGGCUCUAUUCCCGCUCCCCUCAACUGAAGCUUAGAGCAAAUCACUUUGUACUCCCGGCGUUGAAGAUGGCUAGGUACCCUUCGGUGCUCUUUGCGGCGUUAUAUUACUCCACCAUGUACGGAUUUGCGUCCGUCCUCCCUGCCGUCACAGUCGCGGCAAUCUUCUCGGAAUUCUUCCAUUGGGACACAUUGACCAUCGGUCUCACUUACGGUGCAGCUCUUACCCUCGGUGGCAUUUUGGGCGAGUGCGUCUCUGGCUGGGUUGUCGAUGUCAUCGUGAAAAGGGAGAGGAAGCGCCUCGGUCGCGACCCGGAACCCGAGGUAAGGCUCAAAGCCGUAUGGGUGGGUGAGAUUAUUGUUCCGGCAGGUCUUUUGAUCUACGGCUUCUGUCUGCAGUAUCAUACAAGCUGGUAUGGACCUGUCCUAGGCAUGGGCAUUGCAUGCUUUGGUCUGCAGGUUAUCACGACCACCACAUACACUUACGCGGUCGAUUGUUACCGAACAGAAAGCAGCGAAGUCGCGCAACUGUUCAACUUCAUUCGUCAAGGGUUCGGAAUGACUUUUGCAUUCUACGUCGUUGACCUCGGCAACAGGAUGGGAUAUCAGUGGUUGUUCCUGAUGUUUGCCGGGGUCGGUGGCGUGCUGGCUUUCAUCCCCAUGCUGCUCAUAAUCUUGUACGGUCAGAGGUGGAGGAAGAAGCUUGGAAAGCCUGUAGGUGUCAACAUUUUUGAGAACAUGUUGGAGGCCGCACAAGCUCGCAACCAGUGUUCAACAAGCGUCAAGGUCUAG